GCAAGAAAUGACGUCGUUGUCCUCUAAGUUUCUGACUGUUUUUAUUCUUUAGUUACUCGUUACAAAGGACCACAAAAUAAUUUGGAAACUCCAGGUAAGAUAUUGUAGCCUAUGUUUAUUAUUGACAUUGUUCCAAAGCAGUCGUCAUAUAAAUGUGCAUUUGAUUAAUUAAUAGAGAGGUUCAGUGUGAAACACCCUCCCACACGGCACAAGGAUCUUUACUGUGCUCCACCAGCUGACACGGAUGUUUUUAGUCCGUUGCUAGCCCUAUAUUUUACAAUGAAUAUUCAAAUGUGGUUAUUGGCUUUUUAUUGUCUUUACUUUGUUUAUUACGUUAUGAAUACACAUUCUUAAGUUUAAAGAUGUGUCACUGUGUUUGAAAAAACGGAGGCUUAGCGUUAUUCUGUUAACCUGGCAGGUCACCAAAAGUAGCUGGAACUUUAUUUUGUUAUUUUUGAUAGGGAUGUGACAGGAGGGAUGAGACAGGCUUUAUUCAUCGGACUAAACCAUAUUCAUUUAUCCAUACCUGCACAUUAUUUCUCGAUCAAUUUCUAUGGUCAUGGCAUUUCUCUGGGUGUCUCCAACCAUGCCAAAACAACUUUGAUAAUUUUCUUCAAAAGUUUUAGAGUUAACCUCCUGUUCUACACAUUUUGAAUCAAUGGGGCCCUCCUUCAGAUAGCUGGAACUGCUAUUAAAUCCUCAUUUAACAAUCCCUAAUGUAAUCUACAAUUACCAAUCUGAUGCUCAGACAGAUUUAAAAAGUGCGCCGCCAUCUAUUUCAUUGUUGUUCUUAUCGGCCACAGAAACAGACUUGUGUCCAUGGACAACCCUGGGGAGGGAGCUAUGCUCCGGUGCAGGAGAUGUCGAAAAAGCUGUCUAGACACAACAUGCUUACAUCCGGUGGGUGAGAAUGGGUGCUUUUUCAAUUGGAGCCUGAUGAUGGAGCAGCAUCAGCCGGUAUGUGCAGGGUCUGGCACAUGAACGUUGAAACACUGCCAGAGUGGAUACUGACCUCAGUUCGUCAGGCCCAAUGGACGGUGGGGAAGCUGAACUGCGAGAACUGCGGUGCUCGCCUGGGCAGCUUCAACUUCCUCAAAUGUACCAAAUGCCCCUGUGGUCAGGAGUCCAUCAUGCACCUCAGCAAGAGUAGGGUCGACCAGGACUGCAGUCGUUCCAUUCAUGUGGCCACAGCACCGAAGAUGGGAGGUAGGAGAGGACAGUGCUGCCUGAAGGGCGCCCCAGGGGGUGCAGGCCAAGUCAGUGGGCCGGACAAGCCAGAGGCUGGGGAUGACUAUCUCGUUGGCUCACCGCUUUGCUGUACCCCUGUGUCCCGUUUUAACACGGCGAGCCUACCAGUCACAACACGCCUAGAUCCCUUUUACCAGACCCGAGACAUCUCAGCCAACCAAUCAGUUCCGUUGAGCACCUCCAGAAUCCCUUCUCAUAGGAGGUCUGUUGCGAGGGGCACGUUGGAACCCUCCUGUAGCUCUGAGUCCCGGACAGGCCCUGUAGAUGGGAAUGAGAGAGGGACAGAGCACAUGGCCCAUGCACCUGUUGGGUCCUACACCCUUCCUCUAAUUGGUGCUACUGGUAGGUUACCUACUUGCACGUCACGUCUGACUAGGGAGGGUUCUGCACUGCUUAGCUCAGAGCAACAGACGUAUGUUGAAUCAUCAGGAGAGUCAGUGCAGCUGGGAGAUCUGCCCCCUGGUUCUACUCCUUUCGCAGUGAGAGGGCCAGGUGUCUCCCUCAUCACUGAGGAGGAGGUGGAUGAAGAGGGUAGAGGGAGAACCCCCUCAGAACCUGGUCAGGCCCAGGCAGUAGUCCCACAAUGCUUCAGCAAGAGAGAGAAGAACCGGCUGAAGAGCCAAAGGAGGAAACGGAGGAAGAAGGAGCUUUGGCUUAACUCCCAGGUACAGAGUCUGACAGGGAUGCGGACAGAGAGCGAGGAGGAGGACAGAGAGGCCUACACCUGCGCUGUGUGCCUAGAUGUCUACUUCAGCCCCUAUAGCUGUCAGCCCUGUGGCCACAUCUUCUGUGAGCCUUGCCUCCGCACGCUAGCCAAGAACAGGCCCACCAACACCCCCUGUCCUCUCUGCCGCACCCUGAUCUCACAAACUCUCUUCCAGAAAGAGCUCAACCAGACAGCUAAGGCCUUUUUUCCAGUGAUCUACCAUUCCCGAAAGCACAACUUUCAGAAUUCCAAAUGUGCUAAAUGGCCACUUCCCAGCUGUCGAAAACAAUUCCCAGUUUUUUGGGGGUACCAGAGGCAGGCGGCUCUAGGGAGGCGGUGGUACUUUCCCCAAGCAGGCUUCACGAUGGAUGCCCUGGACCUUGCCGACAUGAGAGCAUGGCUCUUUGACAUUGACCUGGUCCACAUAUACAUCCAGUCUGUCAACUGGAUACCAACCCUGCUGGUGCUUUGCUUCCUAUUAUACUACUUCUCUUGAGUAUAGUUUGUGUGUUUAUCUUGGGAAGAUGGCUACACUAUGAAAUGAGACAGCUGUGGCUUCUGAGCAAAGGUAGUAUUCUGUGUCAGUUAGUGUCUUCUGCCAGGAAACUCACCUGCCAAACUGGUCUCAUUGGAAUACAUAGAUUAUUUUACGUAAAUCAUUGACAGACAUAUUUGUAAGAUAUAUUACUUUACAUGAAGUAACAUUAGCGUAAUAAUCCAGAAAAAAAUAAGCUAUUGCCAGGCUGCGUGUCAAACCCGCGUCCUUCAGCUCCGCAGACGGGUGCACUACUCACUAUAUGAAAUAGGAACGUCCUAUUAGAGGCAGCGAGUAGUGGUGUUACAAUGUCAAUAUGUUACAAGUGAUUUUCUUUCUAACCAUAACCCAAACCUUUACCCAAUUGUUGUGAUAUCAAACCUUAACCCAAACCUUAACCCCAGUGCUGUGAUACCUAAUGUUAACUGUAAUGUUAAAAUGCAUUUAUUAUAUAUUGUAGCAACCUUGGUAAGGCCAGUACUUGUCCCGCCAAAUCCAAUAUCCCUGUAUGGAGCCGUGGGUAGGAAACCCAUCUGCAGAGCUUAGCGUUGCAGGGUCGAAACCCGGCUUGCAUUCUUUCUGCAAAUUUGUAAUGUAUGAUAUGUUUUAAUAGCAUUCAUAUGUUUUCAUACUGUUCGUAACAUAUGAUAUGUUUGUCUAGCGUUUGUAACAUAUGAUACGUUUCAAUAGCGUUCGUAACAUAGGUUAUGUUUUAAACAAUUCGUAAUGUAUUAUAUAUUUUGGUAUUGCAUUGCAAUGUAACAUAUACGAAAUCGUGGGCCAUAGAUUUACGUUAAAUAACCUACGAAUUCCAAUGAGACCAAGUUGCACCUAUCACCUCCAUAUGUAAUUGAAAUUAGAACUGCUUUGAACUGAUUUUUUGAGGUAAUUUACUUAUAUCCUGUACUCGCCUGAUGAAGUGUGUAGAUAGGUCUGUUUUGUAUUUUUGGGCACCGUUUAACAACUUUGCGUUGUAAAUUCCACAAUUGUUUUAAGGUGAAGAAGAAUUAUAAUAAUAAUUGUUAAAAAAAAUCUCUUUAAAAACUGAAACUGCUUUGCACAAAGUUAGUGGCAAUAUUGUGUGUUGCAGGGACUCGAUGUAAUAUUGUCUUAGCACUUGAGCCUAUUACUGUACCUACAAUGAUAAACGGUGCAUACUGUUUACAUGACAAAUCGUAA